AUGACCCUUCUGAACGUGUUUGUUGUUCUACUUGGAUUAAUAGUGGCCAUAGUGGCGGAGGACAAGGCCGAGGUCAACAUCCGGGUGUCUGGACAGUGCAGUCCGAGUAAGUGGUUUUUGGUGGAUUAUUUUGAGGAGACUGGUCUAUGUUAACAUAGAUAAUUGUGUUUUUUAUUAGUUAAAAAUAGUUUUACGCUACUAUUUAUACAAAUCUUUUGAUAGGAUAGGCUUGUAAGCUGUGUUAAGGAUGAUUUUUUGCUUUGAAUCAGUUUAUCGGCUGAUUAUCAACUUGAAUGGCUUAGUUUUUCUUAGUUUUAACCUUCUUUUACCUUCAUUUGACCUCAAUUUUAAUUUUUGAAAAUUUUUUGCUAGACCAGCCCCAUUUCAGUCUACCUAAGUCGACGAGGAAUCGAGCUGAGCAAGUAUCGACCACAUAUUCGCUUCAAUCCGGACAAAAUACAGUUGAUUCCGAAGAAUCCGGUGAUCCCGGGCUGCGUGAAAAUCAAGGCAGAAGGCGUGGAAAUCAUGAAGCCGAUCAGGAAUCUGAUUGCUGAGGUGGAAAUGAGAAUCGGAGGAACUCCCGACCCCAACAACCCGACUUUGCCUUGCUCGAAGAAGAUCGAUGAUAAGGUUAAUCAGUGUCCUUGUGCCAAAACUGAGGGGUCUUGGUAAGUCAUAUUGUUCUUGAGUCAGGCGUGGCUUUUUGGCUAUGUCUUUUAUGUAGUUUAGUCUAUAUUUUAGCUUUCAUUUUUGUAUUUUAGUGUGUUUUGUGACUUCUGUCGCCAGAUGAAGAGUCAGCAGUCCAGGAUCACCGUGACGGAAUCUCCAUUAAAAAAAAAGACCGAGUCUCUGGAUGAAACAUGUAAAUGUGAUGUUAUGCAGCCUGGACUAUACGACAUUGAGACGGAAAUGUGCACGCCAGAGUUGGACGAUGCUAAACAGUACAUUCCACCUGAGAUUCAGAAUAACAUCUUGGAGAAAACACCGGUAGGUCCACGUUUUUAGAGGUUUAUUCUACUUUAUGUUGCUCUGCCCUACCCUACAAUAAUCUACUUUACGCUACCCUACCCUACCCUACUUUACCCUACCCUAUCUUAACCUACCCUACUCUACCCUACCCUACCUUACCCUACCCUACCCUACCCUACCUUACGUUACCCUAAAAUGUCUUGCUUAUCUUCCGCUACUCUUACUAUGCAUUAUCCUGCCUUAUCCUACCACGUACCCCAUUUUUCGCUGCCUCUUAUACGUUACUCUAAUCUAGCCUCUGUUUUCAAAUUAUAACAUAUAAAAAUUUCUUAUCAAUUGAUGUUCUAGAUCUCAAUGUUCAUCACGGUGUAUCUAAUGGAUAUGGCACCAAACGCCAACGAAUCCUACCUAUCAGCCUUUGGCAAAGCGAUCCUUCAGCGUCGUAUGGCACAAAGCACUGUGGCUUGUUUCCUAAUGGGUCUAGAUGUUACUAUCGGAGCGAACUAAUAAAAUAAUAUAAAUAAUGCCUUUUUGUAUAGUUGAAGUAAAUAAAAUUAAAAACUUGACUACUACAAUAUCAAAAAACUAAAAAUUAUCAAAUUUGUGAAAAGGUCCUAGUUAGGUAAAUUUGUAAAAAAAGUCCUAGUUGAGUCUAAAAAAUGGUCAAUAAAGUACAAUGAAGACCUUUAUUAAAGUCAAAAAGUAAAUAUCUUUAUCUGUAUGCAGAGCAUAUUACACUCAAAAGUUACCAAACUCCUACCUAUUACAAUAUAACUCUAUUACCUACAACUUAUUCCAGAUAAUCGAAUGGCUAGAGCUCCCAGACGACGAGCGUCCCUAUUUCCUGAGUAUGUACUUUGAACAACCUGAUGGAGUUGGUCAUAACAAUGGCACAGAUGCAGAUACAAUACAAACAGCUCUGAUCAACAUUGAUGCUAUGGUGAACUACUUAUUGUCACGACUGGACCGUAAAGGAUAUUUAGGCUGUGUUAAUAUUGUACUACUAUCAGAUCAUGGAAUGCAGAAACUAAGACAGGAGAACAUCAAAAUGGACGAUUAUAUUGAUGUAGAGGAUGAUAAUAUCAUUGCUACUGAUGGGGUUAUCAGCCAUCUUUAUUGGAGGGACAAAAGUAAGACAUAUCAUAGUUUUUGUAUAAAAUCGUAUUUGAAAAAAAAAUUAAAGAAGUUUUUUGUUUUGAUUUUAGGUGUUUUUUCUAAUUUUAAAACCAUUAUUUUAGGCUACGUUAACAUCACAGAGAAGAUAAACCCAUUUCGAUGUAAAAAAGGAGAAUACUAUUACGUACACACACCUGAUACCUUACCUAAAAGAUAUCACUAUGCGUCAACACCAAGAGUUGGCGAUGUUAUUUUAGAAUCUUCUAUUGGACACAUUAUCUAUAAGUGAGUACAUUAUGCAAAUUUUCAAAAUUUUUAUGAAGAAUUAUUAGGUUGUUCAAAUAAUUCUGUGCCCUCUCUCAAAGCACAUUUUGGGAGUAGCGCAUGAUUAUUUGAACAGUAAAAUUAGGUUCCGCCACGAAAACAUUGAAGAAGAACAAUUGUUUCAGAAACAAAGAACGUGAAGCAAAGAGCACGUUACGUGGAGAUCAUGGCUAUGACUUUGCUUUGAAACCGAUGAGAGCCAUCUUUGGAGCAUAUGGGCCUUCGAUCAAGAAGAAUUUGGAAAUAGCACCAUUUCAGAACGUUGAACUUUACAAUCUCUUUGUGGGUAAGUGUAACAUGUACUAUAGUACCUAGAUUGUUCAAAAAAAUCUGAGCUUCAAAAUUUUCUUUAUGAGGGAGCACAAAAUUAUUUGAACUACCUAAUAUUUAAAAAACUUUUUACCGCAAAAUUUAAAAAAAAAUUAAUAUUCUUCAAUUCCAGACUUGAUGCAACUGCCAAUAGCUGCCCCAAAUAAUGGUACUCGUGGCUCUUUGUAUCACAUUUUGAAAAAUCCUCCAACUUACGAAAACUCACCUCAAAUCGACCUACCUGAAUGUUUCGGCGUCAGUCUGGCCAAUUGCGGAGAUGGAUGUCAUUUCAAGGUAAACGGGGCUCUGUCAUACCCCUAUUUUAUCAAUACUUACACUUUAAUUUAGUCCUUGUACUAUAAAGGCCCUGCCCUUUACUUUCUUUAAUAUUUCAUAACCGUAAGCUUUGCUUUAGUUUAGUCUUGACUUUGCUUUAUCCUAGUCCUUCCCUAAAACACUUACUUUUAACGGUAGAUUCAUUUAAACUUCAGAUACAAACAGAACCAGAGGAAAAGACCGCCUGCAGCCGUCUGGACCGUAUGCAAGUGCCAGAAGAAUGGGCAGACUCAGCUACCCUCUGCACUAUUGGAAUAUGUAAUGCCACUUUAGUAUUCGACAAAGACCUAGAACAAGCGAAAUUCGUAGAAAGCCUACUAAAUGCGGAAGUUCGUCACAUUGAUCACCGUGCUUCGUGUACCGUGCAUCUCAAGUUUGAUACCAAAGUCAAAAAGAAUUCCGAUGAAGAAGACUUGGGAGAUUCUAGAACAUUCCCGACUGCAGUAAUACCAACAGUAAACAACUGUAGCAAAGAAAUGAAACAAACAUCCAACUCAUCAUGGAUAACAUUGUUCGAUGACAAUGAUUACUCACGAUACUUGGCUGAAGGACAGAUUCCUGCGCCAGCCGGCUUUGUUAAGGGCAUUUGGAAAGACUUCUUGGCAUUAUUGUUAAAGUAUCAGAGACAUUACAAAAACAUGGUCAUGUUUGCUGGGCCAGUCUAUGAUGUUGACCAUAAUGGGCUGCAGGAUUCGUAUGAUCAAAUAGUAAACAUGUAAGUGCUAUAAAAAGCAAUGACGUUUUUGAUAAUUGUUAAUAUAUGUUUUGGGAGUAUAAAAUCCAAUUCAACAAACGACGUGUGUCAUCUAAAAGGGUACGUAUAAUCACAAAGCCUGUUGUAGAGCAAAGAAACAGCCGACACAUGUUUUCAUAAUUUUACUACGAUGUAAAAGCGCAUGGCACAGAAGUGGACGUUACUGUGAAGAAGCCGAGACGACAAGAGUACUGUCGUUCUUGUUACCGUUACUUGAAUAUGACUUAAACUGCUUAGUAAGUAUAUACAACAACCCCGAUGUCUCAGGAUGGUUCAGUCUAAACAAUUUUUUUCAUGCUACAGACUAGCCAACUUGAAAAUAAAAACCUAGCUUAUUUCAAUCAAAAAAAUUGAAAAAUUUCUCAAAGUAGCCAACGCAUGGCAAAACUAAUUAAACAAUUUGAUUUGUUUUCAGCAACCCCUAGAGUACCUGUACCGACAUACAGCGAGAGUCAGAGACAUUGAACUGUUGACUGGACUAGAAUGGUUUAGCAACAGAGGAUUCUACAGUGACGAAUUGGCAUUAUACUUGAGAACGAGGCAGAACGAAGAGUUAUGGCAAAUGGAACAUCCAUAA